AUGGAUUACCUGGUUGCUUUUGCACGAUCUCGAUUGCAUGAUAAACCGAUUGACACCACUAUCAUGGGCUCUGGACACAAGGAGGGCGGCAACAGCGAUUCUGCAAGACACAGGACAGCAAGAAGGAAAGAACGGGUCACCACAGAACUGUUGCCGAUAGAGGAGAAGACUCAGAAGAGGAGAUGCAUCUUCUUGAUGCGUCUGCAACCUCCCUCUAUCCACGUCAACAUCAACGAAGAGCAGAAACGUGAAAUCAACGAGCAAGAGCAGUCAGAGAAACAGAAACAGGGACACGAAGCGCUUAAUAUCCAUCGACGCCAUCAACCAACCCAUCCAACCCCCUCUCCUCCGCGAAACUAA